AUGUUUGACAGGAAGCAGUCUGACACUGCACCUAAGGUUGGCAGAGUUAAUCUUAUUGAGGUUGAAAUUCUGAAUGUUUUGGCCGUUUCUCCUCUGUUCAUGGCCCUCGAAGAUGUCUAUAAAAUGACAGGUAAAACCCCUUUGGAUAGUGAGCCAGAUUCUAAAAUGGCUAUGAAGAAGUACAGCGUCUACAUCGAUCUUGCAGCUCUCUCUGCUCCUUUGUCAGCUGAUCAAGCUGUGGUUUCUCCAUCUGCCAACUCUAGCAAGAGAUCAUUAGCUGCUUCUAACACCACACAGCUAGAUAAAAUUGAUAAGUGGGCUUUCCGUGGAAAUUUAUUUUGCCAUGUGUUCAGUUUAGAUGACUCUGCUGCAUUUUCUCUUGCUGAACAGAAGUGUUACAUGAAUGAGAGUGUUCCUCAUGCUUUGAGGAGAGUUUGGAAUGGUGUGGACACUAUUUCUGGAAGUGUAGCUGCUUCUGUGCGUGCAGUGCAGCGACGACGGUAUGAGGAUGAUGGUAUCUCGGAUGAUGAAAUUGAAGGGAAAAGGACCUUUGAUCUGGAAGAGAAGCUCACCAGUGACCGAUACAAUUCAGCAUUCGUCAAGUUCAUGGAAGGCAAAGACCUGACUUUUGAAUAUGUUCAGAAGAGUGGUCUUCGUGAGCCUAUCGUUUUCCGAAAGUUAGAUGGACUUGGACUAAAAAUGCCAGACCCAGACUUUGGAAUCCGUGAUAUGGCACUUUGUUCAUUUGCAGGGAGCCGUCGAAUGGUGGAUGUGAUGGAUGUAAAUACACAAAAGGGUAUUGAAAUGACAAUGGCACAAUGGGCCAAGUACUAUGAAACUCCUGAGGAGGAACGUGAAAAACUUUAUAAUGUUAUUAGUCUGGAGUUCAGCCAUACCAAACUAGAAAACCUUGUACAGAGACCUUCUACGGUUGAUUUGAUUGAUUGGGUAGAUAAUAUGUGGCCAAGACACUUGAAGGAGGAACAAACAGAAUCCACAAAUGCCAUCAGUGAUAUGAAGUAUCCAAAGGUGCAAAAGUAUUGUCUAAUGAGUGUGAAAGGCUGCUAUACUGAUUUCCAUGUUGACUUUGGGGGAACAUCUGUCUGGUACCAUGUUCACCGAGGAGGAAAGGUGUUUUGGUUAGUCCCACCGACUCCUGAAAACCUCGAAAUGUAUGAGAACUGGGUUCUGUCUGGCAAACAGGGUGACAUUUUCUUGGGUGAUAAAGUAGUGGAAUGCGAGAGAAUUGAGUUGAAACAAGGAUAUACCUUUGUCAUACCAUCAGGUUGGAUUCAUGCUGUUUACACUCCAGAAGAUACCUUAGUGUUUGGGGGCAACUUUUUGCACAGUUUCAAUAUUCCGAUGCAACUUAAAAUUUAUAAUAUUGAAGAUAGAAUAAGGGUCCCCUCAAAGUUUCGUUACCCAUUUUAUUAUGAAAUGUGUUGGUAUGUAUUGGAACGGUAUGUGCAUUCUCUUACUGGACGUUCUCAUCUCAUCAAGGAAUUUCAGGAAGAGGCACUCUUUUUAGAUUUGGAUCAAGUUAAUGGAUUGGAUUCCAUAAACGUGAAGGAGGAAAAUACCGAGGAGAACACUGCAGACAAAGAUCAUAAACACCUCUUUUCCAGAACAUUGGAUACACUUAAUGGAACAGUAGACUCUGAUCAGAAUGGCUUUGCAAAAAGCUCAAGGACCCAUUCACCAUCCCCCCAGCUGAUUAAACGUUCAGAGUCACCUAUUACAUUUUUGUCAGAUGCUGUGAAUGGCCCCAAUAGGGCGGUAGACUCAUGGUCACCACUGGAGGACAAGUGCCGUAUUUUGUUAACACAGUUUGAACUUGAAGGACUACACAGUUUAGUUGACAAAUUGGAAUCUCUCCCCCUUCAUAAAAAGUGUGUGCCUACCGGGAUAGAAGAUGAAAAUGCACUCCUAGAAGACAUCAAGCAAAUAUUGGAACAGCACGCUGAUGAUGAUCGGGAGCUGGCAAUAACAGGAAUUCCCAUCAUCCAGUGGCCAAAGAAGGACAAGUCACGUAUGGUGAAUCGUCCAAAGUCCAAGACUUCUUCAUUGCCCAUCACAAAACCUCACACAAUGAGGCCACCUCCCCGUUCACCAGCAAAACAUGCAUUGAAGUCAUCUCGACCCCCAGGUGCAGUGUCCUCAGCAGUGAGGCGGCGAAGAGUGCGUUGCAGGAAAUGUGAAGCAUGCUUACGAGAUGAAUGUGGAGUAUGCCACUACUGUAAAGACAUGAAGAAGUUUGGUGGGCCAGGUCGCAUGAAGCAGUCAUGUGUGCUGCGCCAAUGUAUGGCACCCCGACUGCCUCACUCAGUUGUUUGUGCACUGUGUAACACAGGGGAUCAGGAGGACGAGACCAAGUCUUUUGCCUUGAAGCUGAUGGAGUGUUCGAUCUGCAAUGAGAUUGUUCAUCCAGGUUGUCUUAAGAUGGAUGGUGAAGGGAUAUUGCAUCAGGAACUGCCAAAUUGCUGGGAGUGCCCAAAGUGCAAUCAACCAAGUAACAAUGAGAAGGUGCAACCAAAAAAUAAUCGAAUCACUCACAGUAUGUUAAGAGGAGAACGCCGUCUGGAUACUGCAGUGCAUCAAAGAGAAGACCAUCUUCGGCGGGUACGUUCUAUAGAAAUGACAAGAAAAAGGCUAGAGGCUCUUCCCAGACGUAAGCAGAUGGACUACCUGUUACUGCGGAAAAGGAAGUUAGCAGCUGUUGAGCAAAAUGUUCGCAAAAAGAUCAAGUUGGAACGAGAGAGAAGUUUGAUGCUAGCAAAAAGGAAAAUGGAAGAAGGUGAAGUUUCUGUUGGAAACAAAAUUCUUUAUCCUCUCAAGAGUGGGGGAGAUGCUUCACAUCUGUCUCGGUCUCCAUCAUCAAAAUUAAAAAUUAUCCACUUGAUGCACAGGCCACGUACAAUCAUGUCACGGUACACUACACGAGCUGGGACUAGCCAUGAUCUGUCAGGUACCCGGGCUGGCAGAGAUGAGAGGUUCAAGCGGAGACAACUUCUUCGGCUACAAGCUGCAGAGCGCUGUAAGCAGCUGGUGCGAGAGAAAGAGAAUAACCCUAGUGGUAAAAUGGAAUUGUCUGAGGUUGAGAGGGCUAAGAUUCGUGGUUCCUACCUCACUGUAACAUUGCAGAGACCUCCAAAAACCAUGAAUGGUGCUUCCAUUGUCCCAAAGCUGCAGGCAAUCACACCAACUACCAAUCUGAGGCAGGCGCCCCGGGUGGUUUCACGCUUGUCUACUGAUGAGGGCUGUACUGCUACAGACUAUUCAUGCAAAGACUCUGAUCAGGAGGACAGAGAAGAGGAGGAGGAAUGUGAGGAGGACUGUGUAAUGCAGAAGGAUGUGUGGAUGUCCGUAUUCCACUACCUCAGUCGGAAGGAGCUAUGUGAAUGUAUGAGAGUCUGCAAAACUUGGUAUAAAUGGUGCUGUGAUAAGCGGUUGUGGACAAAGAUUGACCUAAGUCGGUGUAAAAGCAUUGUGCCCCAGGCCUUGAGUGGUAUUGUAAAAAGACAGCCAGUCAGUCUAGAUCUCAGCUGGACUAACAUUUCCAAGAAACAGCUGACGUGGCUUAUCAACAGGCUUCCAGGUAUUAAAGAUGUACUGCUGGCUGGCUGUUCGUGGUCUGCUAUUUCUGCCCUUAGCACCUCCAGUUGCCCCCUACUCAGGACACUUGAUCUGCGAUGGGCAGGAGGUAUUAAGGAUCCUCAGAUACGUGAUUUACUCACGCCUUCAUCAGAAAGACCAGGUCAGGACAAUCGUAGUAAGCUACGCAACUUAAUUGACUUCCGACUGGCUGGCUUGGACAUCACAGAUGCUACGUUGAGGUUGAUAAUACGUCAUAUGCCCCUGCUUUCCAGGCUUGACCUUAGUCACUGCAACCAUUUGACUGACCAGUCUGUAAACCUGCUGACUGCUGUUGGAUCUUCCACUCGAAAUUCCCUUACUGAAAUAAAUCUGGCAGGCUGCAAUAAAUUGACUGACCUAAGUUUAAGUUACUUACGUCGGAUUAGCAGUCCUACCUUGAUAGACUUGCGAUGUUGUAAACAAAUAACCCGUGGAGCCUGUGAACAGUUCAUUGCUGACCUCUCAAUAAAUAGCCUUUACUGCUUAUCUGAUGACAAGCUUAUUCAGAAAAUCAGCUAGAAAAAGCAAGAAAUUUGGGCUCUUGCUGAUGCAACGAAGGUCAUCACGUUGAAGGGGGAGGUAGAAAUGGACCCUUUCUCAAGCCUGCACCUCCCCUGCUGCUACCCAGGGCGGAUAUGUUAAGAGAAGCAUUUUUCUUCUGUGGUGGUUUCCGCACUGGGGAAGGGGCAAAUGGAAGACUGCGACUUCUUAGCAGACAUGACACAACCUCGGUGAUCAGUGCCCCUGUAAAUGCAGACAGGUGGCAACAGAGGUACACGUACAAAGAUGACAUUCUCCAGUUUGUUUUACAGAGUGCUCCAUGAUAUGUUUGGGAACUGAUUUUUUGGAUUACAAUUCUGUUUUCUUUAGUUUAUGAACAGCUACCCUUCUGACUCUGAAUCUGCCCUAAUUCAGGUGCUUGUUGGAGCAUUUCCACCCUUUCAUUUCUUUCAGAAUUGCUUGUAUAUAUUUAAAGCAUUUCAGUCAAGUAGAAAAAUGACCAUUUAAGCCACAGUUACGUUUUUUUUUAGGAGGGAUCUACCUCUGGAGUUUGGAAGGACGUUAACCUAAUUUUGUUAGCCAUAACUGGUAAAAUAUUUGCUUACUGUUUCUCUCACUGUAUGUUAAACUUGAGGGCUACUUGGUUUGUGUUCCUUGCUGUAAGCCUUUAGCAGUUAUUGGCUUUGACAUUGGGGUUCGUCAGCAAUAAACUGAGAAGUUUUCUUGUAGUUUUGGUCUUGUGCUGCUGUUAGCAUUCGAUAAUGCUGGAAAAUGGAAGUAUGUGGCAGUUCCACCAAUCUGCCAUUAUGACGACAUCUACUGCUUCUAAUGUGUGAAAAAGGCUCAGUAUUUCCAGGUAUCUUGUUGCCAUGUCAGGAGCCCAGAAGAUCAACUAUAUCUCUUGUGCCUUUCUUUUUUUCUUUGUUGUCCUAGUCUGUUAUGAGAUUGUUUUGUACUGUUUGUUCACCGGGGUGUCCUGUGCACUUCUCAUUCUAUGAUAGUAAUCUCCUUGGAUAACAACAAAGGUAUUGUGUUUCAUGAUAUUCUGAUAUUUACUGAUGCACUUUUCAGUGCAUCAGUGUAAGUCAGAAUUAUAGUUGGAGAGGGGGUGCAUGGUGUUUAUGAAUUAAUUAUUCUCAUAAAACUAGUGGCUGUGCCAUGACAGGCUUUCAAGCUUUGCAUAUGUGGAUAGCAGAACAGCUAAAAUGAAGGUAGUGCUUUGGUACUAUGGGCCAUUCUUUCCACAGCUGUGUGAAAUCGGCUGCACUUUACAAAGUGCAGAUGAACUGAUGGAGACUGGUACAUUUUGUCAUAAAUAAAGUUGCUGCAACAACUUGCAGUAAUGAUUUUUUUUUCCAUUCCUUAGCCAUAACUUAUCACAUUACUUGUGCAUGUAGAGGUAUGUUCCAUGCAACCAUUUCAUUAAUGUUUAUUAGAAAAGUUGUGGCCUUCAAUGUACCAGCCACCAUUUCCAUUUUGGGUUGGAGGUAUAAACUUUGAAUUGCCAAAGUAAGUUGUUUGACUGGAGGCGAUCACUGUAUCACUGUGCGUGAUGAACUAGGUUGUAUGAAGCUGCCAGAAAGGUACUAGUUAUUUAAAUAAAUCAAAUUUGGAAGUAGGCCUGAGUCACCAGCAGAUUCAGCAUUGAAGAGCUACAACAUUGGAAGGGCUAGAAGGAAGAACCAGAAGUCUUCACUGUAAGGUUGCAGUAGGUGCACAAGUCCAGUUGAAUUGUGGUACUAGGAUAGCAUUUCUAACAUGAUUUCCAUCUUUAAGUGGAACUGAAUGACUCAGUGUAAGGUUAUGUAAAUUAAAAUGUGUAAGACUUGCUUAGCUAAAGUUGUGGUUUCUUGCAUACAGAGAAACAUUUUAUCCCACUUGUCUCUUAAUCUUGAGCAGUGAGAAAAUCUCUUCCUUUCACUGCAUGUUUGAUUUAAGCAGUGUUAAGUAUUUACUUGAUUGUUUUUUCUGGUUUCUAGUCAGUCUCGGUGAGAGAGAGAGCUCUAGUUGCUAAUGUUUCAGAUGAGUCAGUCAACUGAAGCUGUUUUUCAAAGUACAUUUUUAAAAGUGCAUAUGUAUCCAUUGGAAAGAGGGGCAGUGGUACUUGAAAAUUGCUUUGGAAGUACCUUUUUGAUGGGGGAUAAAGCUUUUUUUUUUUUUCUAACAUAUCCUGUUAACGUUUGCCCAGUUUUAAUACCUUGACAGUGUAAUCAUUUUUGAAUAAGUUUGUAAAGAGGGUAGUUUCACUUCACAGGGUAAGUUAAAAAAUAUGAAACACAAUCCUUUUUUAUGAAUUUAUGGCACUUAUGUUUCUGUGUACACGUUUGUCACCUGUUGUUAAUUUUUUUAUGUGGGAGUAUUUGUCCCUUUUUUCCAGUAGGUUUAAAAUAAAUCAGUUGGCAGCAGCAAAACGUUGAUUUAUUACUGUACACAACCAUUGUAGCCCUCUAAAGCUGUGAGCCGGAAGAUACAGAUGGUCACUCUUGGACAGUAAUUGCUAAGGUUGUGUCACAUCCUCAUUUUGAUUUGGAUGACCACAGAUGGAACUCUGUUAUCACUUAGCAUACAUGAGGAAGGUUGAGAUGCUGAAAAUACAAGUACAAUGGGUGGUGGUGAUGGUUUUAAUUGUGUAGACCUGCCAGUUGUCUGCUCCUAGACCGUGUCCCUUGUACAUUGGCACCUUGGAAAGGCAAAUAGAAGCCCUGCUGUCCCUCGUUCAGUAAAAUGAAGAUGGUAACAAAAUGUAACAUAUUUCCAGACAUGUUUUAUAGUAAGGUGCAACUACUUAUCACGUUAGUGUUUUCUGUGUAGUACUAACUCAGUGUUUCAUCGUUUGUUUCUGCUGGACUGGGCUUUAAGCAGCAUCCUGGAAGUUAUGAAACUUCUCUUUUUCUGUUGAAUAAUUCUGUUCACGCUCAGAUUAGUGUCAUGCAUCAUAGCAAUUGUCUUAGUCAGAGAUGUAGGUCACAAAUGGUAGAAGAUCCCGUCAUUUUUGAGUCUUGUAACUUAAGCAGUAGAAAAUAAUUUUCUUUAACUACUACUGAAGUCACAUUUAUUGAUGUUUUGUAAAACCAUGAGGGACAGGCAGAAAAUUAGUCAGCCAGUAUACAAACUAUUUGAUAAAAUUGUAUGUGCAAAAACGGAUGUGGCCAUGCCAUUUCAUUUACCACAACCUAGUGUUUAUGGAGAUAGUCAACAAUUUUGUUUCACUCCGUUGCCCUUAAACAUUUUCAACAAAAAAUAACUAGACAAAUAAGAUGGGUAAUUUUGGUAUUUAAGUAACCAAGCUUAGCUGUUACAGUCAUUGUACAUUCUGUGAGUCACCUACCUGCAUUUAGGGAAGAACCACUUUUCUUUAUUUGACACCUAUCUGUUUAACUGUACUGAGGGAUGGCUAUUUAUUUUGCCUUAAAAACAUUAAAUUCUGCAUUCCUGUAUCUCAAAUGUACAGGAGGAAGAAACCUCAUCCAACAGUGAAACUCCUACUUCUACCCUAUUUUAAACAGGACUCUGCAGAACUAGCCUCCAACUGUAAAUAGUUUUUUGUUUUUGUUUUUUAAUACUGAUCUUCCUUCAUUGCAAAAGCUGACGUUUAAUUUUAAGAACAUUAAAGUCUAUAAUUGUAAAGCAUUUGUUCCAAAAUAUAUGGUUUAAGGGACUGGGUCCUCAUUUGGAAUGGGUGAUUGUUCUUCAAAGAGCUCUCAAAAUGAACUUACGUUUUGAAAAUGUCCAACUAUAUGUUUCACAAGCAGUAUCCUUAAUUGAAGCAUCAUCACCCAGUGUGGUAUUUCUGUGUAUAUUAAUUAAGCCAGCCUGGAAAGGAACUGCUUUUUGGUUCUUCAUUGCUUUUCCCCUUUUGGAAUAAAAAAAUUAAUAAAUAAGUUAUAUCUUUUUUGUGUA